AUGGACUUAAGGGACAACCGUUCGUCUUUAAAUGAACUACAGGACAAAAUUCGUUGUUUGACAGAUGAAAAUGUCCAGCUCCGUGACAAAAAUGAAAGCCACUUUACCAAACUGGGCUACCUUGAGAGCAGGUUGGGCUAUCUUGCAGGCUCCAAGACUGACCUCUCUUCCAAACUGGUCUCAAGCGAAGAGGAGAAACUGAAGAUAUCCAAGGAGCUUGUCGAGGUACAUAUACAGACCAACAAAGUGAGGGAGCAGUAUGAAAAGGAAAUUUUUGACCUGAAAAUAAAGAUCCUAUCCCAGGAAGGGGUGGUGGUGGAGAUGGAGAUGGAGAGGGACAGGCUCUGCAGGGAGCUCCAGUCUGUCACUGCCCGCCUACAGGUGGCAGAGAGGACAGGAAGUGACCUCACAGAGGAAUACGUGACCCUGAAGAGGAACUACCUGGCUCUGACUGAGGCCCACGAUAGGGAGGUGGUCCAGAAUGACGAGCUGAGCGCUGAGCUGCUUGGGCUGGCCCAGGCUCGUGAUGACCUCUUCAGGCAGACAGAGGAACAGCAGCAGCGUGUUAGGGCCUCUACAGAGGGUGGUGUCUAUGGGCAGGCUGCUCAGGAGCUGGACAGGGUGCGGGCGCUGGUCAGCCGUAUGUCUCACAAUAGAAUAAUGCCAGAGGACCUGGCUAUGUUGGACCAAGAACGUAAAUCUAUGGAGAAGAGUCUGCUUGGGAACCAGGAUGUGAUCAAAGACAUGCUGGAGCAGAUGAAGAAGAGCUAUGAAGAGCAGCAGCACAGACUGGAGGAGAAAGUGGUGGCAAUGGGCAAGGAGCAACAAGAGAAGAAGAGAGCCAUCCGCGAUACCCGUCAGAAACUAGCCGAACAGAGUGCGGCCAUGUUGAGCUCUCAGAGCCAGCUGAAGGAGGUGGAGGAAGAGAACUCUAAGCUACAAAUGCAGGUGAAGGAACUGAAUGAGGAGUACCGUGCCAAACUGGGGCGCUACCUACAGGACCUAGCUGAGUAUGUGGAUGGUCUGGCGGAGGGGAGGGGGGUGAAGGGCCCCCCAGAGAGGGUGAAGAUGAGGGGCUUCGUGGACAGCAUGCUCCAAGAGGUGCGCUCCUCCUACAGGGCUAGAGAGGAGCAGCUAGCCUCUGCCGCACGCUCCUACAAGAAGAGACUGCAGAGGCUCACUAAGAACCACCAAGCCCUGCUUAUCGCAUACAGGGUGCAGAGGGAACAGGUCCUGUCCCAGCCAGAGAGUGGCUUGGACCCCGGACCCCCUGAGGCCCACUUCAGCUUGGAGUCCAGUGAGCUGAGAGGAGAGACAGAAAGGGAGCUCCAGCUCCUACGCCAGGACAAGGCCAGGCUGGAGGGCCAGCUCCGAGAGGCUCAGAAGCCUGUAAUCAUAAAUAAUUCUCUAACCUUGUACAGUUCUGGAAAAUCAGGGCAGAUAUCUGAAGAGGCCUGGACUGAUAUUAGGAAACAGCUACGGGAGAUCACCAACUCUACUCAGGAGGGCCAUGAGAGGGAGCGUGCCCAGCUCAUCACCAGGGCUACAGUUGCCGAGGAGCAGCUCUUAGAGCUGCAGGAGUAUGUUGACAAGCACCUGGGCAGGUACAAGCAGGAGAUCACACGGCUGCGUAGACUGCUGGGUCUGGAGACGGGGCUUGCCCACAGAGCUGAGGCUCCCAAACCCCGCCAAUCCAUCGCUCGAUCAGGAAUCCAAGCUAUGAAAUAUGAUCUUCCACCCCGCUAA